UUGUCUUUGUCUCCCAGGACCAAACCAUUCACUUUCUUCCCUACAAAUCCGUCCCUUGACAAAAUUGAGAAUCGCCUCAAGAGCCUGAACUCUUCCUUGUCUCUGUCUACGUCAAACAGACUGCUACCAUGGCGGACAAUACCAGUCACGAUCAACUCAUUACGGAGUUCUGCGACCUCACUGGAGCCUCGCCCUCAGAUGCCCAGCAGUUCCUUGCGGCGAACCGGUGGGAUCUCUCUGGUGCAGCUGCUGAGUACUACACGUCUCAAGAAGAAGGCAUUGCGGGAGCUCAGGGAGGUGCAGAGGACCCUCAAGAACCCGAACCAUACACCGGACCACGAACUCUUGAUGGCAGACCAGCGCCUCAAGCUAUCCCCUCAGUUGGCUCCAGCUCCAGGGCAUCUCGUCCACCGCGGAGAGGUGGAAUUGCAACACUGAGUUCGAUAAACCAAACUGCUGCCUCGGGCCACGGCCACGGGCACGCACACGACGACGACGAUGACUCCGAUGACGAUGAUUAUGAGCCGGGUGAGCAGCCUAGGGAUCUAUUUGCCGGUGGUGAGAAGUCGGGUCUGGCCGUGCAGGAUCCUCCCAACAGGAAUGAUCCAAGAAAGGUUGUCAAUGAUAUCCUCAAGAAGGCUAGAGCAAAUGCUGCGAGACCAGGAGGAGAGCCAUCUCCAGCUCCAACUUCCCGAUUCCGUGGCACUGGCAUGACCCUCGGCGGCGACGAUACCCCCUCCCAAGUUAUCCCCGACCCUCAUGCCCGAACACCAGAACCAUUGCCGACACAGACUCGCAUUCUCCAUCUUUGGAAUGACGGAUUUAGCAUCGAAGAUGGCCCGCUUCGCAGAUUCGACGACGCUCAGAAUGCAGCUGAUCUAGCCAUGAUCCGUCAAGGACGAGCUCCUCUUCACCUGAUGAACGUUCGUGCCGACCAACCUGUUGAUGUUCAGUUGAUCAAGCACGAUGAGAAUUACAAGCCUCCUCCAAAGGUUUAUAAGCCAUUCUCUGGCGGUGGACACAGACUCGGGAGCCCUACACCUGGUGGAUCUAGCACCACCGCCGCUCCUCCAUCAGCAGCUGCGCCAGCCGCAUCAUCCUCUUCUGUCCCAGAAGUCGAGGUCGACUCUUCAGUACCAACAGUUAUGUUAAGAAUCCAGUUGGCUAAUGGUACGAGACUGCCCGCUAGAUUCAAUACUACGCAUACCAUUGGUGAUGUGUAUGCAUUCAUUGAGCGAGCGUACCCAGGCAGCAAUGAGAGACCCUGGGUCCUUGCCACAACAUUCCCUAACAAGGACCAUACGGACAAGAGUCUGGUACUGGGUGAAAUACCUGAGUUCAAGAAGGGCGGAACUGCGGUGCAAAAGUGGACUUAGGUCUCUGAGGAAGAGCUCCAACGGUUCUCAGGAGGGGCAUUGGGAAGGAUACGCGAACGAUGACAUGUGAUUUGAACGUUAGAUAUGCUCUCUGACUGCAAUGGCGUUUAGGAGUGUUACCGGUGCAUAUUCAUCUUGAGACUAGAUGAUUGAUAGACUGGUCAGACAUAAAAUUGGCAUUGCAAUUCUUUCCCAUUGCUGUUUUAUUUACUUAUAAAAGCCCCUGUACCAAGUUAAUACCAUCUCGUAUAUCCUUGAAUGGCAGCAAUCAAUUCGGGUACCCA